AUGGCUUACAAGCGCCAGGCUUCUUUCUCGAAGCAGCCAGACAGCAGGGAAAGGAAACUGAAAGGGGAAGAGGAGGACGACACCUGGAGCUCCACCUUGGCAACCCUGAAAACUGCUCCUAAGGAGAAGCGCCCUGCCACAAUUGAUGGGCUGUGCCCCCCGAGCAGGGCACUCGGUGCUCGGGUCUAUGAGGACUAUGACUGCACCCUGAACCAGACCAACAUCAAAGCCAACAACAACAAGUUCUACAUCAUCCAGCUCCUUGAGCAUAAUGGUGCCUACAGUGUCUGGAGCCACUGGGGCCGUGUGGGAGAGGUGGGCCAGUCCAAGCUCAUGCCCUGUGCCUCCCUGGAAGCUGCCAAGAAGGACUUUGAGAAGAAGUUUCGGGAGAAGACCAAGAACAGCUGGGCAACAAGGGAGAACUUCAUUGCCCAGCCGGGGAAGUACACGCUCAUUGAGGUGCAGCCAGGGGCUGGGCAGGAGGUGGAGGCUACGCUCAGGGUGGAUGCUGUGGAUGGGGACAAGGUCUGCAAGCAGAGGGUGCUGCCCUGCACCUUGGACAGAGCCACACAGGACCUGGUGUCCCUCAUCUUCAGCAGUGACAUGUUCCGGGAUGCCAUGCAGACCAUGAAUAUUGAUGUGAAGAAGAUGCCUCUGGGGAAGCUGAGCAAGCAGCAGAUCGCGAGGGGUUUUGAGGCACUGGACGAGCUGGAGGCAGCACUGAGGGAGCAGCCCCCCCAGGCCCCUCACCUGGAGGAACUCUCCUCACGCUUCUACACAAUCAUCCCACACAGCUUUGGACGGGCACGGCCACCCACCAUCAGCUCCUCUGACCUGCUGCGUGCCAAGAAGGACAUGCUGUUGGUGCUGGCUGACAUUGAGAUUGCACGGAGCCUGCAGGCACAGAAAGAGAAGGAGGAGGAGGAGGAGAAGAAAGAAGUUGCCCACCCACUGGAUCAGGAUUACGCCCUGCUCUGCUGCCAGCUCUCCCUGCUUGACCCAGCUUCCCGGGAAUACCAGCUGAUCCAGACCUAUGUGAUGCAGACUGGGCACAAACUCCACAUCCUCAACAUCUGGCAGGUGGCCCGAGAUGGUGAGGAUGAGUGUUUCAAGGCCCAUGACCUCCUGGAGCACCGGCGCCUGCUUUGGCACGGCACCAAUGUGGCAGUGGUGGCGGCCAUCCUGAAGAGUGGGCUGCGCAUCAUGCCCCACUCAGGCGGGCGCGUGGGCAAGGGCAUUUACUUUGCCUCAGAGAACAGCAAAUCAGCCUGCUAUGUGGGCUGUACAUCUAAGAAUGUUGGCAUCAUGUUCCUGACGGAGGUGGCCCUGGGCAAGCCCUACCGCAUCACCUGCGAUGACCCCACGCUGUGCCAGCCACCUGCUGGCUAUGACAGUGUCCUGGCCUGUGGCCGCACAGAGCCGGAUCCUGCACAGGAUGAGGAGGUGCUGCUGGAUGGCAAGAAGGUGCUGGUGUGCCAGGACAAGCCCAUCCCCAUGCCCGCCUACAAGGACUCCUCCUUCAGCCAGAGCGAGUACCUCAUCUACAAGGAAAGCCAGUGCUGGAUCCGCUACCUUGUCCAGCUCCGCUUCUGAGGGUGCCUGGGGGGCACCACAGCCCUGGCCCAGCACCAGGUGGUGACACCCAUCAGCCCAGAGCACAGUGAUCUGGAUUCUCUGGCCACCCCACCUGGGGCUUGGCAAGGGACAGGCUGGCAUGGGGACUGAGCUUGCUUUGACUGUGAAUAAAAGCACUGUGCCUUGCA